GGGUCUAUUCUUCCAUCUGGGCACUGAGUAGGUUCUUCAUAUCACGCGGCGUUAUAGGAUUGAGGUGUAUGCGUCGAGAAGGAAGACAUUUGCAAAUACCGGGCACUGAAAUGGAUCAGAUCAUCGAAUGGGAUUGGAUAGGGGGACAACAACCGCACAGGGAAAGUCCUAACGUGAGAACUUUGUGUGAUUCUUUCAAUAUGGCCCCCAAGACAAAUGGUCGUACCCAGAGUAGGUUCAACAACGGCGAGCCUUAGGUUCGAUUCAUAGAAACUCCAAACCCCAAAGACAUGCAAAUAUUCAAAGUUGUACAGUUUUCUCUAACUUCAAUGUAGCCUAGAACUUCUAAACGUUCUGAAAGGGGGGUUGAGAGAUGAACGACUGGCCCGAUACAACUCAAUCAAUCGCUAUCUCUUCUUGAAAUAAAUGUUUUAUGUUGCAUACAUGGGAAUUAAUCCUUGCAACCAUGUGUCUGAGCUCCAACCGAGCAUCACCUCAACGCUGAUGCCGAACCUAUUCCUCUUUCAAACAAUUUCUCCGAAGCUCUAAUUCUGACAUUCCCAAAAGAAUUCUCCGCUCAAACAAUUUUUCAAGCGUAAUUGGACCGCAUAAAACACCAGGUUGUUUAUCGUCUUUUCUCCAGGAGACACUCGUACCUAAAGAUCAUUUUCUGAUGCCAAGUCGAACCAGUGGCUUCGAACAGAAUAGCUGAAAAGGCGUCGUCAAUUCAAGCCUCAAUUGACUAAUUCUGGGGUUGGUAGGAUCUAGAAGCGAACUAUGCUUGUUUGAAGCAGUAUCAAUCAUGCUUUUUUGGUGGAGUUGGACAGGGGGGCAGAUAUCAUCCAAUAAUAGCUCUCCAAUUGCUCGGGCAUUUCGUUUGGAUAAUAUAUCUACGAGGUGCA